UACCAGUUUGACGGUUCGAUAAGAUAUUUUUGGCUUCACACUACAGUAGACGUUCGGUCGGUGCAAACGGUUUAACUGCAAGUUCUGUAACUGCAACAAAUUUGCAGUUAUCGCACCGCGAAAUGUCAGAAUAGUGCGCCAUAUUAGCCCAAAUGAACAGUCGGAUGAAGUUCACGUUCAUUUUACGCCAGUUGAUGGUUUGUUGACACUGUCAGGCGUUGCAGUUAUCGAAUUUUCGUUCGCUAAGUGAAACGUAAACAUAUUGCAGUUAUCGAACGUCUACUGUAUUCGCUUCUCUAUUUUCUCUGGUUCAACCUACUUCAUUGAACAGUACUAAUAUGUGUGAUAAAAACAUAAGUCCUGUUCAACGACGUAGGUUGAACUUGCUCGAAGUUGCUGCAUCCCGCUGAAUAAAUAAAAAAAAAUAGCUAUAAAACUUAAGGUCCCGUUAGACCGUUAUGGGAGGUAUGCACUUCAAACGGAAUCGCUCAAGUAAUUUUCGUUCAGUGCAUUAUUUUUCCGUGACCGAAAUGGUCAAGAAAUUUAACACAGCAAGCCCCAUUUGAUUUGACGUUUCGUUUCAGCUCCGUACUAGGAUUCGGAAUAAAGCGACGCUUUAUUAUUUCUUGAGCGAUUCCUUGCCUGAAUUUUCCACGCAUCGAGAUAGGCCAAGAAAUUUCUUGCGAUCAGCGUACUACCCAUUAGACAUGACAAAUAUUUCGCCAAAGAAGCCCAACAAAUGACCAACACAACGUAAAUCAUGGCAACCUCGGAUGAAUGACGGACUGCAAUGGCAAAUAUUUGUCAUUAUGACAAACAGUCUAAUGGCCCCUUUAAGAUCCCAGUACACAGGGUGUAAAGACACUGUAUGCUAAAGAUACGAAAUCUGAUGAUUGUCGCGUCAUGACGAUGAUGCUGUAGAGCAAAGCUUUUAAAACGCGUUUGACAGGUCUCCUCUUCGAUUGGAAUGACAUUGACAGCAAAUUUGGAAUUCCAAUUGGAACAUUUCGUGUCUUUGCAUAUAGUGUCUUUACUGUUAAAGACACACUCUAUGUGUGGUACCUUGUGGUAUGCACAUAAUAAAUUAUUGUAUUACUCUAUUACGUUUAGCGUGUAUGUUUACAUUGAGUAUCUGUCAUAUGCGGAGAUAUUGUUAUUGUUGUCUGGAGUGUGAAUCAUUGUAUGUAAUAUUGAAGUAUCGGUAAUAAAGUGUAUACAAAUAAUGAAUACAGUUGUUGAAUAAUCAUUACAGAAAAAAAUUCUCACAUUGGCGACGAGAACGGUGAACAGUGCAUGUGAAAUUAGUUUAAUUUCGGCUCGGGAAGUGUUGUCUUUAGAAAAAGAAUGAGAUGAGUGGUGUGUGUGUGUGUGGUGCAUGCAGAGUGGUGAUGACCUCCAGGUGAUGACUUGUGAAUGAAUUUCAACAUUGAAAUCAAAAAGGUAAAUAUUGUGUACUAACUGUUCAAUAUGAAUCAAACAAUCUAUUUGUACCUUCGACUAAUGACAAUGAUCAACCUGUGAGAGAUUUUGAUGGUGAUCGGUAUUGUUUAGUUCAAAUCGAUGACAAUCACUAUUGUCAGAUAAAGAAAUAAAGAAUUGUGAAGAAAAUCUAAGUUUUGUUGAUUGUGAUAUUGAUACUCGUUGAAUAGGGUUGUUGUCCUAAAUCUAGACUUAAAUGCUGAAUGAUGAAUGAAGUAUUGAUUUGUUAAACGGAUGGCCGUGGAAGGCGUAGAGGUGAAACAAUAUUUUGAAAUCAAAUUUUGCCGUUGCUGUUAAAAGCCAGUGAAGGCGAUAAAAGCCAAUGAAGGCGAUAAAAGCUAAUGAAAGCGACAUUCUUGAAAUAGCCGUAAAAGGCGGAAAGGAUUACAGAUAGAAAAGCCGUUGAAGGCGGAAAAUGUUAUAGGCAGAAGAGCCGACUAAGGCGAAAAACUGUCGAUGGCGGAAAGAUCCGUCGGAGAGUGAAAAGCUGUUGAAGGCGGAAAAAGCCGUUGAAGGUGGAAAUGCCGUUGAAGGCGGUAAGACCUGCAAGGCAGAUAUAGUCGAUUCUUUGUAGAGCCGUAUAAGGCGAAUUGUGUUAUUAAAAAUUAAAGUACUAAAAACGCAACAGUGUCGUAAAUUUCGUAAGAAACAGAUUACCAGCCAACGCAGAUUUAAGGGCUGUUUGCAGAUCAGAGGGAAUUUCUCGGCCUAUCGAGGCAUGGGAAAUUCCUUGGCUGAAUCACUCAAGAAACCGUUUUUUCUUCGAUCGCAGUACGCAGUUGCAAAGAAAUGACAGUUCAAAUGUCACCAUAGAAAGUUUCUGCCAGGAAUCGUUCUAGAAGUUUCUUGAGCGAUUUCUCUUGAACUCCAAUCUGGGCUUUUUAGUUAAAUUGAACCAUUAAAAAUGAAAUUUCACACCAAUUAAGUGGCAGCUGAGAAGGCGAAAGACAAAACUAAACUUUAAGCUGAGCGUGACUAGAAAAACAGUAACGAAUAGUAUUUGAAUAUGUUCCAAAUGCGAAUAUAACUGAGCAGAUACUGAGGUUGUUGUGGACCCACCUCAGGUGAUAUAUAUUGAAGUUAUCAUUGCUCAGUAAAGUAUAAUAAGUCUACGGAGACGUAAAAAGGGUUGGCUCUUGAAACCAAAUUAACAUGAAGACAUGAUUUAACUAAUGCUUUGUCCUCUCUUACAAGACUUCAAGAAAAUUAACAUCAAUGUGUGAGAAUAAUUGAACUGUCUUGGUAGUUUGCAAGAUAGGAAGUCAAAAUGACAGUUAAAGCAUUCGUUGAAGCUAGAUGACAUAUUCAGAGCAGUUGCUAACCACGAUCCUGUUAAGUAUCAUGCUAGUCAAAUGGCUAGUUGAAUUGGAUAUUUUAAAAAAUCGAACAAUAAAAAAAUGAAACUUUCGGCUUAACUGGAAGUCUCAAGAAUUCGAGUAAAAGGCACUUUAUAACCUAUUGAAUGCCACUAAAUGUUUAUGCGAUUCAAAUACAGUGAGUUCUUGAGUAAUCACUUCUGAAGUCUUUGAAUAUAAAAUGUAUCGGGUGUGGUCAGGAGGGGCAUUUUGACUUAUGAUUGUCUAACACUAUGGAUAUAGUGCCAUUUUUGCUAAUGAACUGCAAAUAUUGUAUGCAUGUGUCGCUCACAUAGAUUUUUGCAAUUUGUCAUAGAUAACCCUUUUCAUGUGUAGAUACACAUAGUUUAUAUAAGGUCCUCCGAUUUUAUGUGUGAUCCAGCGUGGAAAACGAGUAUGUGUGUACAAAUAAAAUUUAUAUAUCAAACUCAUGGAUUUUUACCAAUAAAAAUGCGUGUACAUGUAUAAGUGAUAUUUGUGUUAAUAAGUUCAUUGAAAAUUUGAAUAAAAACGUGCUUUAAAUUGUUUCAGUACAAAGAAAUGAAUCGUAGAGGCAAGCGUAAGGGCCAUCAUGACACAGACAAUCAUGGUCAGUGUGCACUACGUCAGACUUGUGAAAUAAGUGAUAUGAUAGACAGAUGAUUGGGCUUUGCAAUAAUGCAGAAUAUUCUAGUUCGAUCCAACGAACUGAGAAUAUUAUCUGUUUGGGCUCGGCCGUGAACCCAACGAUUUAUAAGCAGAACGAUGGACUGGGAGAAUAGGCUCCUAAAGUCCUAUCGGAAUUCUUGUUUUAAAUCACAAUAUAUGGUUCAAGAGUACAUAUUUACUCAUUUUUUGACGUUUUUAUUAACCGUAGUUGAAAAUAUAUAAUUUUUAUUUUUUUAGCAUUUUGUCUCGUCCCUAGCUUAUAACACAUACUUAGAGUGAUUUUUUUUCACCGUGUAUGUCAGAUAGGAACAUUUUUGAAAUCCCAGUGCGAAAAAUGUCGAGCUCAGUCACAGAAGGUUGACCUCAAAUGUCAAAGUAGAACUAUUUACCAUUUUACUAAUUUCUAAUUUUCUCAUUAUUCCUUUGUUUUUCAAGUUCGAGUAAAGUACAAUUCCGAUUAGAAUACCAUGCUUGAUCGUAUUAUUCAAUAUAAGCGAGAUUUCGUCUUUAAUUUUAGGACCCUAUUGGUACUGGGACCAGUUCCAGGAAAGGGAAGGAACAAAACACUUCUACUGCUACUAUUGACUAUUUAUUCUAAUGGUGUACUGUUUAGUGGCUUCUGUCUUGAUCGCUUCAUGUCCAAGUUGGUAAUGACGAUCUCUGGCUUGGUUGUCCCCUUUUAUAUGCCAAGGAGCCCAUCUGUCGCGUAGCGGUUGCUAACGCCGUUGUUGAUCCGGGUUGUCGUUGUUCCAUUGGUAACUGCGAUGAAUUCUUUGGGAAGCGCUAGGCGCGAACAUUAUCAAUAUGAUGAGCAUAUGUAGAAAAUCAGAGUUACUUAAAGAUAAAAAGUUCUAAAUUUUGACGGUACAUUGAAUGCGAAUAAUUUGGAAAAAGCUUGUUGAAAUAGCUUCAUUAGGUAUCUAGAGUGAGAACAUAACAUGUUGAGGGGCUUUUGCAAUAUUUUGGAGGUACACCAUUAAAAUAAGUCCUGCAGUUCAGAACCCGAAAGAGCGACAUCAAAGGAACAAAUUUUUGGUUUUGUAAUGUUAAAAUAGGUUUGAUUGAGCACGAAUCACCAGUUAAUGCGGAGGAAUAUGCAUCGUAGAAUGUAAACCUAUUCCUUGACCUAUUCAACGACCAAACCGAAGUGACUGGCGGUGCGAAAAUUGAUGUUUAACCUUCUUAUAAACAUAGCAACUCGAUUUAGAUUAGUGCUAAUUUCAGCUCUUAAGUAGCUUAAUGAUGCGCAAUACCAGCAACCGGUUCAAAUUUACAUGCAACUUUGCAUGUGCUUUGCGUGACUUCGAUUUGGUACUGCGUCGAUGAUGUAUGUAUUAAGAAUUUGAGAUAAUUAUAGGAUCACAACAUGAAAAAGAAGAAUGAAUAUUAAUAUUCUACUAUACUUUCAAACAGCUAGUGCGGGUGCGAGUUUUGUGAACAAUAUAUAUUAAAUAUAAUUCAAAAACUGGAUGUUUUCAAGUUUUCAAAUUACUAUUCAGCUAAAACUAGUAUUACAAAUAUUGCUUUGGACAAGUGACGUUUUCCGAAAUCGUGAUUUGAUUUAAAAAAAAGUAUCAAUCCCUUCGAUAUUUUGAAAACAAAAUCUGUAAAGCCAAACUUCUGAAUAUAUUCUGAACAAGAAACGAGUUCCAGCAAAGUUCGCUAAAAAAAACAUGAAAUGAAAUAGUGUUUGUAUAACACUUGGACACUUUGGAUCGAAAACGAGUUAAUGGAUAUUGAUAAUCUUUCCACUUCGUGCAGUGUUCCGACAUAUUAGUUAAAAAAAUGUCUGAAUAAUAAUCUGAAUAUACAUGCCUUAUGUAUGAGAUUCUUCUAUGAAAGGACAUGUCAAAAAAAAAAAUCAGUGGGCAGUAUACAAUGUUUGCAUGCUAGCUGUCAUUGAAAACAUUUGAGAAGAGGAAAGCAAUUCAAUUAAUUCAUCAGCAAAGGUACAACCACAAGUAACGGCCAAGUAAUUUACCAAAAUGCCGAGCAGAGAUGGAUGACCAAAUGGAUGACUGUACUUCUAAUUCUGAUGUGAGACUGAAGCGAGACGUUCAUAAACUGAGGAGACUAUAAGCGAAACAACGUGGAGUGACCUUGCUGCGGAUCUGGAGAAAAAACGAGAUGUGGUACCUUGUGGUAUGCACAUAAUAAAUUAUUGUAUUACUCUAUUACGUUUAGCGUGUAUGUUUACAUUGAGUAUCUGUCAUAUGCGGAGAUAUUGUUAUUGUUGUCUGGAGUGUGAAUCAUUGUAUGUAAUAUUGAAGUAUCGGUAGUAAAGUGUAUACAAAUAAUGAAUACAGUUGUUGAAUAAUCAUUACAGAGAAAGAUUCUCACACUAUGCAAAUGUUUGUCCUAAAGACACUAUAUGCAAAGACACGAAAUGUUCCAAUUGGAAUUCCAAAUUUGCUGUCAAUGUCAUUCCAAUCGAACAGGAGACCUGUAAAACGCGCUUUAAAAGCUUUGCUCGACUGCAUCAUCGUCAUGACGCGACAAUCAUCAUCAACAGCAACAAUCAUCAGAUUUCGUAUCUUUAGCAUACAGUGUCUUUAGUUUGUCCAAAAAACCAGAGAAUUUGUUAUAGAGAUGCGCGAAGUCUGAAACCAUAGGUUCCAUUUUAAUCGUCAAACGCGGUCCCAAUCGAGCAAAUUCAAAGAAAUAUUGCGGAGAUUCCACCUGUUAAGACACGAAAAUUAUGCCGUUUUUCUUUAUUAUCCAGUUCCAACCUGGGUUGGAACUGAAUCAGAUCACAGUUUCAACCCCAACCCGAUUUCGGUUUCGCUUGUACUAAAGUUGGUUUGACGUUGUUUGUUUACACAUUUUCCGCUAAUCCAGUUCCAACCCAGGUUAAAAAAGAAAAACGGCAUUAGUUGCGUGGAUUUUUCUUGCGUGGGCCCACAGAUGUGAAAACAGACCGUGUGCUGGCGAAUAUUUCACACUGCAUUGUUGAGUACACCUUUGGCGAGAUUUUGCAUUGUAAACAAACAUUUAUAAUACAUCUACGCAAAAAAUAAACCUAAUAUUUUUUUUUGCGCCAGAAUCUGCAAAUCUCCGCAAUGAAAUAGAACAACAUGGAAAACAAAGCGCAACAUGAAAGCACACACUGAAAUUGUUGUGGAAACUACCGAUUCUAUAGUAAAAUUACUAACCGUGCCUAUGAUUCUCAACCGACAACAAAAUCUGUGAAGUUAACUGAAAUAUGAUUGAAGUUACAAAGUAUUGCAGUAAAUUUGACUACAAGCGUAGUCACCUCAACAACAAAACAUUGUCAAUUUUUCCUGGACACGCAAAUAACAACACAGUAUAGUUAAACAUACAAUAGAGGUAAUCACGUUCAAAUGUAUGCGUGCCUUUUUAGUAGAUGUAGUUGUGAAACUGCGAGGAAAAUAUUUGCACUCUUGCCCCGGACGUUAGUUUUAUCAUUAUUUACCCGUUUUACCCAAUUCGAUUGGGUAAUAUUUGCAUAUGCAAUCUGAAUAGCCUUUCAAUCGGCGUGCACUUUUGUGUGAGGAAAAAUUUGCUCUAGUGUUCGUGUGUUGAAAUGUCACUUAUCUCUAUGCCCAGUAGGCCUGUCCAGCUUUUCAAAAAUGUUCUCUGAUUCUCAAGUCCAUCCCUAUAUUUUGAUUGGCAUCAUAGAAGAAGUAACUGGUCAAAAUUUCAGCCAAAUCCAUUGAAAUUAAGAGGUGCAUCAAAUCAAUUUUGUGUUUUUCGACUAUUUUUGAACUUCAAAAAAUCAUAACUACACUAAAACUUGUCAAAACUUUAUUCUUUUGGCAGAAAUUGAAAGCGAUACUUGUUUGCUAAAACUUCUCCGAACAACGUGUGCCAAUAAAAUUGAAGGAAACAUGUGUAAUUAUCACAUUUGUGAUCAGAAAAACUUUAAAAAGUUGACACCAAAGCUGUAGGAGUUGAGCAAAAAUUACUAAAAUUCGUGAAAGCCAAAUGUGGCCUAAAAACUAGCUUUUUGGAGGCAAUCACGUUGUGGCGCGAAAUUGUACUGAACGUAGUAGCUUUGCUUCCUUGUAGUUUGCCUUGGCUACUCCCUAUCACGGGUGAUAACAAACAAGCGUGAUGACAGGUGUUGGCUAUCAUAUCAGUGCUGACGCGAUGCCACUUUUUGCCCGCCAAAGCGUGAUUGCACCCGAAAAGCUAGUUUUUAGGCCACAUUUGGCUUUCACGAAUUUUAGUAAUUUUUGCUCAACUCCUACAGCUUUGGUGUCAAGGAAGCAAAUAACCACAACACAUUGGAGAAUAUGAUGCCGUUUUAAAAAAUCCUACUUAUUACGUAUAUUAGGGUGCUCCGGUACGAAAUCUAUCAAAAAAUCAACUUUUUAAAGUUUUUCUGAUCACAAAUGUGAUAAUUACACAUGUUUCCUUCAAUUUUAUUGGCACACGUUGUUCGGAGAAGUUGUAGCAAACAAGUAUAGCUCUCAAUUUCUGCCAAAAGAAUUUAGUUUCGACAAGUUUUUGUGUAGUUAUGAUUUUUUGAAGUUCAAAAAUAGUCGAAAAACACAAAAUUGAUUUGAUGCACCUCUUAAUUUCAAUGGAUUUGGUUGAAAUUUUGACCAGUUACUUCUUCUAGGAUGCCAAUCAAAAUAUGGGGAUGGACUUGAGAAUCAGAGAACAUUUUUGAAAAGCUGGACAGGCCUAAUGCCCAGCUGUUGAAUUAAUAUUAUUUUUGGUAAUGUUAACUGCACUGUUAGUCAAACUGACAGUGUUUUAGUGGAAUUAACUGGAAAUUGUUGUCGGUUGAGAAUCAUAGGUACGGUUAUUAAUUUAACUAUGGAAUCGGUAGUUUCUACAACAAAAUUUAUUUCAGUGCAUGAAAGUGUGUUAGUGCCAAAGCAUGACGUCACUUGUUUGCUUAACAUCUUAUGGACAGAUCAGACUAACACGUACGUAAAAAUAUAAUUUUGUUUACUGCAAAAUAUGAUUGCUAUUGGGCGUGAUGUAAAUAAACAUAACCAAAAUUCUCUUCGCGCUUCUCUAUAACAAAUUCUCUGACCACUACAUCACCGACGCUGACCUCGGGUCUUAUUCACCUUGACAGAGCUCUGACCUGCCAUCUAGGAAAAGUUGCCGUGUGCGUGAAGCAUUGCUGGCGGAGUAUAGGAAAAAAAGUUUAAAAUGCUUCUAAAAAAUUUACGAAAAUUGAAAUGCAGGUUAAAGGUGUAGCGUAUAGGUGCCUUGCACCUUGCAGGUGCAAGGUUAGGCUAUUGAUUAGCAACACAAUAAACACAUAUUUUUGAUUUCAAUUUUGUGUUCUAGAUUAAUGCAAGGUAUGCACUUCAAACGUAAUCGCUCAUGUAAUUUUCGUUCAGUGCUGAUAAUGUAGUUUUUCAAAAUUCUUACCUCGUACAUUAACCCACAUUUCAAUAAAAGUUAUCGUUAAUUUUAUAGAAGCAUUUUAAACUUUUUUUUUUCAUAUACUCCGCCAGCAACGCUUCACGCACACGACAUUUUUUUUUCCUAGAUGGCAGGUCAGAGCUCUGUCAAGGCGAAUUAUUUUAGAUGAAAUAUUGUACAUAUUGAUUUAUUUUAGACCGAAGUCGAUAUGUGAAAUCAAAUAUCCCCAACAAAAGUUCGCCGAAGUAAAAACGUCGGCAUUCUAAUUGAAGCGUCACUGACACAGGCAAUUCUUAUGCGUCGGCGAACCCCAAAUUAGAAUGCCGACGCCGAACUUCACCGAAGUUUUGACUUCCGAAGUUCCAAAAUUCUCUCGCAUGAUCAAUACAAACCCACCAAGUUUCACGACAAUCGGACAUCGGACACUUCUCAAACGUCAAAUUUCAUGUGAGAGCAAGCAGGUCAGUAUCCGCACAUAUUUAUUUAUUGGCAAAAAUCUAUCUUACUGCAUUAUUACAAUGCGCGCAUAAACGUUCUCUACGCAAGGCUACACAUAAAAUCUAAUAGUCGGAUGGGAAAUAUAUGCAGUGGCAUUGUAGCGGUCCUGCCGACCGAAGGAAGCAUUUCCCUCCCUGUAUCGAAUAAAUCUAAAGAUCAAUGAUCACCAUUAAUCUAAGAAAGACCCUUUAUUUCCUCAUGGUGCUCCACGCAAUUAGUGGAUUACAUCACAUGUGGAUUUCACGGUCAUGUUUAUAGACCAACGCCGGUUAACCAAGAAACAAGCGAUGCAAGCAGAGAGAAUGCUUACUGCUUGUUGCUGGUUGACCUGGUGAUAUAACGUUCUCGCUCCAAUGCCGGAGAAAUGUUUUUCUUUUAAUUUUUGUUUGUCGCCCGGUAGCGCUGACUGAACCCCAACAAGGUCUCAGUCACGCGGCCGAACUAAUGAAGCCAGAGUGGACGACGCCCGUUUUGGCUUUUCUCUUUUCUCUCAUUUCUUUUCAGAUCGGGAGAAUGAGUUCUUGCGACGGCAAGUUAAAAGACCCGCGAUUGACGCCGGGGCGGCGUUGUAUUGUUGUGGUAUCCAUUCGGUCUGUCUGCGGUGUCCGUUUGCUGUCCGUUCGCGGUUGCGUCGUCGUCCGGGUCGUUGUGGCUUUACCGGUGGUGCGGUUUUAGUUAAGAGUGAUAACGUAAUUGAGUAAUUUUAGUUAGUUAAGAGUGUUAACGGAAUUAAAGUAAUCUUUCCCUGAAUAGUAAACAUUAGUGAACAUUCGAAGGAUUUUGUUGUGACUUUAGAAGGGAAAGAAAGAAAUCCAGUGCCGUGCCGCUCACGGUCCUACAUUCUACGCGUGUGCUUCGACAUUCUACAUUCUGGUGACAGCGCAAAAGCGCUAAACAAGUACAGGCACGCCGUUUGUGAUUGGAAAGUGAAAAAGAAUAAAAACCUAUCGAAGUAUCUAAGACCCAGCUGGUUACUACAGAAGAAAUCGUGUAAGUGUUGCGCAGAAAACUAUUAGGCGAAACAGUGUGAAUCAUGCAGUUGAGUAGAACUCUUGAACCGUGCACAGUUUGAGUGUGAUGCUGAUCUCGGAUUCCUUUCAACGAAAAUUGUUGUGUUAAUCAUCGAGUCAAAACAGAGAAGAAGUUGGACCCACUGGAUACUACUGAGUCGCACAUUUGCAAACCGCUUGCAAAUCGAUCACUGCCAGAUCAUUUCCUACAAGAGGAACUAGGUAUCUUCAUCGGACCCAGCAAUAUGAUGCCGAAUAAUGGGUAAGUCGAAUCAAUAUUUUUUUAAUUGAGUGAUUUUAAGUGCGUAUGUGUAUAUGAUUUUGGUUCUCUUAGCACAAAAUGAAAGUUACAACAUUCUAAUGGAAUGAUAUUAUUGUUUUUUUUUUAUUUGAGUUUGAGAAAGGCAAGUAACAAAAAUUACACGUAAAUAAAUCCUUUUUUUAUAAUUAUAUUUGUUGGCUUUUUCACAUGAACUCUUGAUCAAAUUGAAGAUUAUGAACUAUGAAUAUUGCAAUCUUUGGAAUGCUUGAACAUUUUAUGGCAGUUUCGUUUCUCAAGAUCAUGUUAGUAAAGCAUGUAGAAAAAAUAUUGCAAAAUUUAUAAGAAAAGUUUAAUUUUAAUGAAUCAUCUUAUUUAAUCAUGUGGUUAUAGAGGAACGAAUCUAUCAAAAAUCUAUCAACAAUUUAUUUCCCGGUUGGUUUCUCCUACUAUUUUUACGGAUUUGGAAUGAACAUGGGUGUAAUUAGAAACAAACAUAGGUUGCUGGAGAUGAGAGCAAAGAUCGUGUUACUGCGACAAACACGGCCAAACCCUAUCGUUAAAACUUUAUUUUUCGCGCUUUUCGAUUAUUGCUUUUAUGGAUGGCCAUGUGAUGAUAUUAGGAGUGUUGAUGGCACGGCUUGAUUUAUGGAUGAUAUUAAUUGAUAUCUAUUGAUAUAAAUUAAAUAAUUUGCUGAAGGAAAAAUUAAACAUGAAGAAACACGACGGGAAAAUAGUUCUGUUUUAUUCUAUAGUUCUCUCGUAAUUGAUUAUGGAUUUUGCACUUGCGUGGAAUAAGUAACUGUCACAAAAUUAUUGGCCACAGAUAACUCAUUUAUAGAAGUAGCACUCUCCAUAGCUCCUCAAUUUAAAAAAAAUGGCAUUUCCUAGAUAUUCCCAACGGGAUAGAUUCUUCCGGGAGUCGCGAGACAGGCUCGAGAGAGAGUAUGAGGAAGAGGAAUUAAGAGGCAUUCAUAGGCGACUACAACCGGGUUGGGUUGAUAAGCCACGAGGCAAUAACAACAACUACUACUACCGGAACACUAACAACACCGACAACAGCAAUUACAACCAUAACAACAAUAAUUACAGUCGCAACAACAACAAUUACAACCACAACAACUACAAUUACUACCAGAACAACAACAAUUACAACCACAACAACUACAACAACAAUGGUUAUAAUCAACAUAACAACAAUAGCGAUGCUGUUAACAAUAAUAAGGCAGCAAUGGAAGCAGAGAAAUAUAAGGAAUUAUGGGAGGAAUCAGAAGAAUCAAAAGCUCGAUUAGAAAGACUGUUUCAACGUGACAUAAAAGAACUUUAUGAAGAUAGGCGGGAUGCUGCUAACGAUAUGGCUGCAAAAGAAAAGAAAUUUGUUAACAAGUUGAAAGCUUUGGAAGCUAAGCUGAACAAUGAGAAAAUAUUGAAUGAAACAUUAAGCCAGGAAGUCACUAUGCUGAAGAUGCGAGAGGAAGAGCAUGCUUUAUCGGUUGCUGAGAACAAAACGGCAAUUAAUUCCGAAUUGGAAAGUAAAGAAAGUGAAGUACGCAAGUUGAAGGUGCAACUCUAGAGCAAUAAGAAGAACUGAGAAGAAGUUGGCCGAACUGAACUUCACCAUCCAGGAAAUGAAGAAGCGUUCCGUGGAAGAUUCUGAUAUUGCGAAGGAACUGGAGGAAGCGAAGAAGAAGAUGAACAAGGACAUCGAAGUACUGCAGCGGCAAAUCUUCGAACUGCAAGCCACCAACGAUCGGCUGGACAAGAGUAAAACGAAUAUCCAAUCGGAACUGGAGGAUGCCACCAUCGAACUGGAGACGCAGCGUACUAAGGUGCUAGACUUGGAAAAGAAGCAGAAGAACUUCGACAAAGUUCUCGCCGAGGAGAAGCCGUCAACGAUCAGCAUGCCCAGGAACGGGAUGCUGCCGAGCGGGAAGCUCGCGAAAAGGAAAUCAAGGUGUUGUCGUUGACGCGGGAGCUGGACGAAGCGGACGAGAAGAUCGAUGACCUGGAAACGAAACGGAAAGCACUGCAGAACGAGUUGGAGUCGAAGUUUAUGGAAUUCGAGCAAAAGACUUUGGAUUUGGAAAAGCAGAAGCAUUACAUGAAAACAGUUAUUAUUAGUUUAGAGCAAGAAAAAAGUGACAUUUCUUCAAAGUUUGUGGGUUUCGAACGAAAGAUUUUGAAUCUGGAAAUGGAGAAUUACCGUAUGGAGACGGUUAUUAUCAAUUUAGAGCAAGAGAAGAAUGACCAAUCUUCGAAGUUUAUGGAUUUCGAGCGAAAUAUUGUGGAUCUGGAAAAAGAAAACCAUCGUAUGAAAACGGUUAUCAUCAAGCUGGAGCAACAGAAGAGCGAUCUUACUAAAAAAUUGCCAGAAUCUAUUGAUAAAUCGGAAAAGCUACUCAGUGAAAAGGAUACGUUGUCAACUAAAGUUCAAGAACUAGAAGAAAAUUCAAAAUGUUUCAGUAGCUAUGAAAAAGUUACAAGUUUCAAAGGUCCAAUUGAUAAUUUUUGCGUAAUUAAAGAGGAAACGCAGAACAAAUUGACUUCACCACUGAAACAACUAAAGAAUGCCCAUGCGGAGAAAGCAGUGAGCGAAUACCGCAAUACUAAAACUCGGUUGAAAUUGCAACAGCUACAAGAAACUAUCUAUGAUAACGAGAAUUUUUUUCAAGAACCCCAAAGCCAAAUCAAACAACAAGAAAGUGCUCAUGCCAAAGAGGAAGCAACUAUUGCGAGUCUCGCAAAACGAAAAGACUUCGAACCACUGGGCAAUCUUUUAAACGAGAUAGAUUUACUACGAGAUUGUGUCUUUUCGGAAAACUAUGAGUGCCUAACGGAACUUCUGUGGGAUGACCACGGUUGAUUUGAACCAAAAACAACAUUUAUCAACAAUAAAUAUUUUUUUUCUCGUUUACAACAAUUGUAAAUACCCAUACUGACAAAGGAGAGCUAAUUAUUCCUCAUGUUAAAAUAUUGUCGAUGAUAUUGACUAAUUUACACUCAUAAUCAAAUCAUUAAGGAUUAUGAAAAAUAUAUAUAUAUAGGAAUAGAUUAUACAACUUAGUUGAUCAAAUUUAAAUAAAAAUAAAGAGUGACUACAUGAUACCAAACACAUUACCUAUUACAGCAAGAGCGAUUGAUAUGAAUAAUAUCAGUGCAAAUAUAAACGAAGAUCAAGUUCAUCUGUCACCGCUCAGGAAAAAGUGGUAAAUUAAAUUAAUGAAAAAUGAGAGGAAUUUCAUACCCUCAAUAAAUACAAAAUGAAAAUUAAAAGUGAAAUGGAGAGGAAUUUCAUACCCUCUAUAAUUAUAAAAUGAAAAUUUAAUUGAAAUGAGAGGAAUUUCAUAACCUCUACAGGGUGUUCAAUAAGUUCGGAUACACCAUAUAACUUGAAUUAAUUUCACAUCUGUAAAUCAAAUUUUCAAAGUAAAUGUAUCUGUUGAAAGGUUAUAUAACACUGAUCAAAAGCAUAUGGUUUUGAAUAAAGUCUUUUUCUACUUUUUUUUAUAAGCCUUAGAUAUAUCUAAAGUUUGUUAGUUCCGGCACGCUGGAAUAAUUUUCGAUAAGUUGCUCAAGCUACAGAAGUCUAAAACGUUGACUUUUGAGUUUACAUCUCACUAUACUAAAUUUAAAUAACUAAAUUAAUAGACAAAAGCUUUACACUGCUAUUUCAGUGAUGAUAUGGUGAUAAAUUUGCAAGUUUAGUCAAAAUGUGCUUAAAUCUAUGAAAAAGGCAUAAAUCUAGGCAUAAAUACAUUAUAUAAAGCCAUUUUUGGUUAAAAUUUGCCAAAAUAGGGAUAUAAUCAAGUUUUGGAAAAGAUAAUGAUAGAUUAAACUGAGAUAUAACGCAGCCUUGCUUUUUGACAAAACAAAAAUCAUUAAAACAGGUACAGCGCCAAUUUGAGCAAUUUUAAAGAUCAAAAUAAAAUGAGUCCGUACUUCACCCAAUCUGAAUUUUAUAGAUUAUUUCGUAUGGCCAUAGUUGCUACCACUAAUGCUGAGGACAACAGCCUAAUUUGAUUUAACUUAACACCAUUACUCAAUAAAAACUAGACGAAAUACCAAUGACAGACGUGCGUGCCGGCUGAAAGGAUCUUGAGACACAUUUGCAAUUAUUACAAAAGGAUAAAGGACAGUUUGUUUCAAAACAUAUACUGUAUUUGAUCAGUAUUAUGUGAGCUUUCAAUUAAUACAUUCACUUUGAAAAUCUGAAUUACAGAUGGGAAAUAAAUUCAAUUUUACUGUGUAUCCGAACUUAUUGAACACCGUGUAUAAAAAUAAGUGAACAUUUUUCAGAAAAAGGAGGAAAUUCAUACCCUCGAUAACAAUAAAAUGAAAAAUUAAAGCAAAAUAGAGAGGAAUUUCAUACCCUCUAUAAAAAUUAAAUGAAAAUUAAGGUAACUGGUAAACUAUGAGUCUACAGCCAAAUUAUAACAAUGAAUGCGUCCGUCAAACUCAGUUUUGAAUGUACCGAAGGGCUGGAAAACCAGAGUAACUACUAUUCUGUAAGGGCCAUAGAUAUCAAAGAACAAAGAGAAAUAAAUGAUUAAGGAGAAGAAAACACACCCUCCAGGAAUACAGAAAAUACAAGGAAAUAAUUGAAGAAAAAUAAUAAAGAAGAGGAAUACACACCCUUCAAUAACAUAAUAAACGGAAAAUAUAAACGAAAGGAGAGAUGAUUUAGGAGAGGAACACGUACCCUCCAAUGAUUUAAUAGUACAGAAACUAAAACGAGAGCAAAAUUAAGCGUUUUAAAAAAAACGAAUAUGAAAACUUAAGAGAAUCAAGAGAGGAUUUACAAAGCCAUCUGAAAAUUUAAAUGAAAUUAUGAGAAAAUUUAAAACACAGAAAGGAGACAAAGCAAAUGUCUACAAAUUUUGACGAAAGAGGAAAUCCAAAACCUCUAUGAAAUAAUGAAAUAUUAAGAGAAAUUAGAGGAACCCAUAUCCUCUGUAAAAAUAAUAUGGAAUGAUAUUUACAACGUGGUUUUAUACACAAGCUAAUCAAGAGAAAUGGAGUAUACUUACAGGCCCAACCUACAACCUCAAAAGGGAAAGGGGUGGAGCAAUGCCGGCAGCCAAGGACUUGCCACAACAAACGGAGAAGGACGAAAAAGUAAGGUACCUAGAGACUCCGUGAGUUCAUUUUAUUUUUAAGCUUUUGCGGAUAUGCAAGGGAGAUAAAUAGAUUAUUGCCUUGCAUCCCUGCAACAUUAUGAUGUAGUAUGUAAGUUUGUUGUUUUUUGUUUUUUCUCCGGCAGUGUCUCGAAAAAAAAUUUUUUUUUUAUUCAUAUAGUGAAAUCCAGAUUUGAUGGAAUAUAAAAUGCAAAUUGUUUUUGGUUGACAGAAAUGAUCUUCUGAAGAUGUUUCAAUUGUGAUCAAUUGGUUUUUUUUCCUUACUUUCAAGUUUGUCACAUAAUUUGCCGAAGGCAUAAGGCUAAUGAAGUAGGCCAAUUCAUGAUGAAAUAUUUGAUUAAUAUUACAUUACACAUGUAUUAAGUUUAUUACAUUAUUAUUAAUAUUACACAUGUAUUAAGAAAAAAGGCAAAAAAAACAUUUUUCGAAAAAAAAAAACAAUAUUCGAAAAUAUAUAUUAAAAAAAAACAAUAUUCGAAAAAAAAGUAAGAUAUUUUCGAAAAAAAAAACAAAAAAAAAACAUUCGAAAAAAAAAAGUAUUUCGAAAAAAAAAUAUAAUUAAAUGCCAUUUUUAAAAGUUCACAAAAUAUAGUUCGUAUUUAAUUCGUACUUUUUAAUCUUUAAAAAUAAGGGAGUAUUUCUUUUACUAUUUAUUUGACUGAUUCGAAUGCCUACUGCAAGUUUUUCUUUGCUUCACAAAUAAAAACUUAAUUUAAGGGGGGGCGGAUGUAGCGGUCCUGCCGACCGAAGGAAGCAUUUCCCUCCCUGUAUCGAAUAAAUCUAAAGAUCAAUGAUCACCAUUGAUCUAAGAAAGACCCUUUAUUUCCUCAUGGUGCUCCACGCAAUUAGUGGAUUACAUCACAUGUGGAUUUCACGGUCAUGUUUAUAGACCAACGCCGGUAAACCAAGAAACAAGCGAUGCAAGCAGAGAGAAUGCUUACUGCUUGUUGCUGGUUGACCUGGUGAUAUAACGUUCUCGCUCCAAUGCCGGAGAAAUGUUUUUCUUUUAAUUUUUGUUUGUCGCCCGGCAGCGCUGACUGAACCCCAACAAGGUCUCAGUCACGCGGCCGAACUAAUGAAGCCAGAGUGGACGACGCCCGUUUUGGCUUUUCUCUUUUCUCUCAUUUAUUUUCAGAUCGGGAGAAUGAGUUCUUGCGACGGCAAGUUAAAAGACCCGCGAUUGACGCCGGGGCUGCGUUGUAUUGUUGUGGUAUCCAUUCUGUCUGUCCGCGGUGUCCGUUUGCUGUCCGUUCGCGGUUGCGUCGUCGUCCGGGUCGUUGUGGCUUUACCGGUGGUGCGGUUUUAGUUAAGAGUGUUAACGUAAUUGAGUAAUUUUAGUUAGUUAAGAGUGUUAACGGAAUUAAAGUAAUCUUUCUCUGAAUAGUAAACAUUAGUGAACAUUCGAAGGAUUUUGUUGUGACUUUAGAAGGGAAAGAAAGAAAUCCAGUGCCGUGCCGCUCACGGUCCUACAUUCUACGCGUGUGCUUCGACAUUCUACAGCAUAUAUAUUGAGGGAUUUGCACAAAAGUGCACGCGGCCUAUCGCUUCUGAAAGGUACAGCCGCGGUUUUCACUCCCUGUUUACUUCAUUCUUAUGGGAAAUAACAUUGCGGCGUUUCCUACGGCACGGCUGUUCCUUUCGAAAACGAUAGACCGCGUGAACUUUUGUGCAAAGCCCCUUUUUGAAACAUUUCAACGACCGCUCGGUGUUUACGUUUCAAGAAAUCUGACAAUAUUACAAAUGCUUUCUUUGAGUUUAUGUGGUUUAUGGUGCAUUUAUUUUUCGAGUGCAAAGCCUGAUUGCAAAAUUCUACACGGAAAAAUAUUAAAACCCAAAGAAUAAGUUUUAAAAACUCAAAUUUGGCUAAACUGCUUUUAGUUUUAACUCAAAGUUGGGUUGUUUUCUCCCUCGCCCCACCGCAAUGUUGUCGAAAACAAAGAGAGAAGCACCGACGCAUCCGCUGCUCUUCCGUGGAAGAAGCCAAAUUUGGGUUUUCUUGAGUUAACCCAAAUUUGCGUCAUUUGAGGCCUCCAUUGGGUGAAAAUAACUUACCAGUGGAUUAAUUUUUUUGCCGCUCUCAAACGAGAACUACUCACUCACCACUUUCGCUGUUUGACGCAAAUUUGAGUUAUUCCACGGAAGACCGGGAUUGCGUCAAAACAACUUAAAUUUGGGUUGAUUUGUAGUUCCGUGUAUGCGUGGGCACAUGGAAACUGGAUGCGGAUUUUUUUUUAGUGUAUUGUCUAUCCGGUUGGAAUCAGGACAGACAUUCAAUCAAAAAUGGCCAUUUCCUUGGACCACAAGUGUCGCAUCUGUUUCGCAUCUAGUGCGCUGUGUUGCUGACAACAACGGGAAGGAUGCGCACUACUUUUAACAUGAUUCAAAAACGUCGCGAGUUGGGUCGCGUCGCAACUUGAUUGUGCGAAGUCCGGUUUGGUGGCGGCCCGACAAUAUAAUUUCGUGCAGUAAUCCAUAUCGUUUCUCUAUGAAAUGGCUGUAUAAUAAACAGAACCCUUCUUAAACUUAUCAAAGUUAGUCAUCUAUUAUUCAGGAGUACUCACUAAACAUAUUAAAUUGCUGCGCAAGCCAUGAUUUUCUGCUUAUUUGAAAAAAAAAAAUCAUGAUUUUGCGAAUAAAAUAAUCAGAUUGCCAUAGUGAUCGCGACGUUUAAUCAGUUUACGCUGUUAAAUGAAUCCCCUUAAUAUAUUUAUUUUGUGUAAUUGUGCUUUUGUGGGUUGUUCUUGAAUAUUAAUUCGCAUUAUUAAUCGCUUGGAGAAAUUAUCAUAUCUUUGCAUCGAGUUGUGUAGGUGUUUUCUGUGCACUUAGAGCAUCGCCACGGGCGUCCCUAUCUGGGUCCCUAUCCCUAUUUCCGGGCCGUAAAUAGGGACCCAUGUUCACACCGGUGGUAGGGAAGUAAGCGCGAUGUGAACAACUACCGAGGAAUCGCGGCUCUGAGCUCUAUUUCAAAGCUGUUUGAGUUGGUCGUUAUGGCCGCUCUACCACCACCAAUUUAUUGUGCCUCACAUCGUAUAUCAUCGAAAGUAUGAAUGAACACGUGCAGACCGAUGUCAUCUACACAGACCUAUCUGCUGCUUUCGACAAGCUGGACCACGACAUUGCUAUCGCUAAACUCGACAGAUUCGGCCUCAGUUGUAAUAUCUUGCGCUGGUUCCGGUCGUAUCUCUCCAAUCGUCAACUGAUGGUAUCCAUAGGUGAUUUCAGAUCAGAACGUUUUCAUGCUUCUUCCGAUGUUCCUCAAGGAAGCCACCUGGGACCGGUGAUCUUCCUACUGUAUUUCAACAAUAUCCAUCUUAUCAUUGAAGGACCCCGACUAUCGUAUUAAUGAAAAGUGUUCGGUUUUAGCUCCCAGUGAUGAUCGGUUGUCCGGGAGAAAACAAAUAAACGAUAGCAGUGCGCGUAUCAAUUUAUUGCAUGAAGCCUUGCAUGCAAGUUGUUUCCCUCCAAUAAAUAAAGUGAGGUUAAUGUAAUAUAAACAAAUACCAGAACCGUAUGUGUUAAAUUACAGUAGAUAACAGUGGUGUGACUACUAUUUCUAUGCUUCACAACCUACGGCAUUCAGUAAAUUACCAGUGGGCGGCCUCAGCCGCAAAUGGAUUUACUUGUGUGCGCUAUAAUUUUGGUGAGAUGAUCACACUCACAACGUCGGUGGCGUGCUAACACCACAUACACUACCCGUCAUAAGUACGGACUCACAAAAAGUAUUGCAACAAUAUUGCAUCACCUUGCAUCACCCUGACUCACCUCGAUAUCUCCAAAACCUGAGGACUUACAAAGAUGCUGUCUUCAGAAGUUAUUCAGAAGACCAAAAGCUACAACUUUUCUGAAGGCGGCAUUGUUGCAGGUGUACUGGAUUUAGAGAUAUCGAGGUGAGUCAGGGUGAUGCAAUAUUGUUGCAAUACUUUUUGUGAGUCCGUACUUAUGACGGGUAGUGUAUAAGCAGAGUCGUAAGGGGAGGCAAGGGUAAAAAGCUCCUACCUUGGCAAGUAACACAUUGCAAAAGUUAAGUCUCGCUUUUUUAUUAUUAUUACUUUUUGUUCGUUCUAUUUUACUUCUUCUUUUUUCCAAUACAUCAAGUUAAAAUAUACUUAUUUAUACGAUUAAAUAUUUGAUUUUGUAUUACUAAAUUGUGUGUAUUAUUAUUUGUCUGUGUUUGUAUUACUUUGUGUUACUAUUAUCAUUCUCUCUUUCUUUUUUUCCUUUUCCUGUGUAAUUAAAGUAGUUAAAGACCAGAGUAUGGGGUUAACAGUACUCUAGAAACCUACUGGAAUAAUAGCUAUAAUGUAAUGAUCUUCGAUCAGUAUAAAAAAUCCUAGUGUCAUGUGGAGUUAAGAGGAUGAAAACCCAAAAAUACCUGGCCAAACUACAAACUUUGAUGAGGUUAUGACAAAAAAAAAACUCAACGAUAUUGGAUAAAGAUAGGAUCCAAUGAAAUCUUAAAAAAUAAAGUUCAUUCAAGUAAAUCUUCAUCAUGCAAAGGGAGCAACCGCUGUACUUUGCAAAAGAUUUGCUGAGAGCCAACUGGAUAUUGCUCUUAUCCAAAAGCCAUGGACAAACAACAGUACACGAAAAAAAAUUUCCAUAUGGAAUAUAUAAGAAAAUGUUAUACAUUUUUGCCAUUUCGUUUUCCUAAUAAAGCUCAUUUGAGUGCGUUAUAUGAAACAUAACAUACACCGAAUACAAAGUAUAAGUUUUAACUUAUGAAUGCCAUUUGCUCUUUGUAAUAAUUUAUAUUAGAAUUUCCUCAUAGUAUGUAUGCAUCAAACCUAAUAAAAUAUAUUUCUGUAUAUUUUGUUUGAAAUUCCUAAUAUUUUACUUUUUUCCUUAUUUUUACUAAAACAAUGAAAUUUUGUUUACGCUUCGUACAUAAUUUAUUUAUUCAUUUAAUAAAAUCAACAAGGCUACAGAGCAUACUACAAACUAUAGUAUACUAUCAACUCAAGACCUCACUCAAAAUCGAAAAUGCCAUCCGGAAUCGCUGUUCCGGUAACGGGUUUCGCCACCUUUUGCCAGCCGGUACGCCGGCGGAGCCAACCAGAAUUUCCACUCCGGCAGGAAACAAGCGGGUUGCAGUGCCUAAGUUAUUCAGAGUGUCGAAGGGCAGUGGAGCAAGCAGGGAUCCUUGAUCCGCCCUCGGUUCCGACAAUGGGUGCUGCAGCCGGAUCAUCAAGGUGUAGCAGUGCCAGCUGCGCUCCGGCACCAAAGAAGCUAUUGGCAGUGCUCUCAGUUUGCUGGAGUACAAUUGAGGAGAAGCGGAAUCAGCUAGGAUCUCCUUUUCGGCAGCGCGUGACACCGCCCUUUGCCAGUUGGAACGCCGGGGAAUAGUGAAACCUGAGCCGUAAUCUGCACUCCGUGAAACAAGCCAGAAUCUGCACUCCAGCUGCGACCAAGUGAGUGACUCCGUCGUUUGCCUGCCAGAGUGUUGGGGUAUUGGCCGGGAGGGAAUCUGUUAGCAUUCUGGCUGAGGUUAGUCACGGCAAUGGAACCUAUCCUGUUGAAAAUAAAAAUGCCGAUUAAUCUAUUAGCACAAAAAGUAAGUAGUAAAACACCUACCGUGGUUUUCGAGCGUUGUUUCGCAGGUUUACAAUACUUCUUUUUAUUGCUAGUAAUGUUGCUGGUGGCGAAAUAAAACGUGUCACGAUGGCCUACGUUGAAUAAUAUCUGGCGCCGUUUUUUGUUUGUCUUUCAAAACAAAAUCUUAGAGAAAUUAUUAGUUGAAAUUUAUACUUCUCUAGCCAUAACACAAAACUUAUACAUGGUAUAAGGAAAUGCUAUGGCUAUUAUUGGGUCAUUGUAUGAACACAAUUAGUUGACUUUUUAAAUUCAAUAAGGUCGUUUCUAAUGAAAAACAUAAAUCAAUCUUCAUAAAUAAAAUCAUUAAAUUAUUUUUCGUGUAGGAUAUUAGGAAUACCUACAACUUCUACCAAAUUGAUAUAUAAGGCAGGACAAUCUCUACCACGUGCUGCAAUUUUAGUGAGUGGAAAUGUAAAUGCAUUUCCAAUUACUCAGUUUAUCAAUCGAGACAUAGUUGCAAUUAUGUUGGAAGUACCGACUAUUCACGGAAAAACGGAAAUUUGUAUUGCUGCGGCAUACUUUCCGGGAGAUGUGGAUGAUAUACCUCCACCAGAAGUGGCAGCUUUUGUUUCAUAUUGUAGAAAGCAAAAUAAAGCUUUCAUAAUUGGAUGUGAUGCGAAUGCCCAUCAUACAAUAUGGGCUAGCACAGACAUCAACAAUAGGGGCGAACACCUUUUAGAUUUCAUUUCUGGAAAUAAGAUCGAUUUAUGUAACAAAGGCGAAGAACCUACUUUUACGAAUGCCAUUAGACAAGAAGUUCUUGAUUUAACGUUGUGUAGUCCUACACUAUCAGAAAAAAAUCAAAAAUUGGCAUGUGUCAGACGAAACCUCUUUAUCUGAUCACAAGCAUAUUUUGUUUGAAUAUGAGGCUGGUCAUCAACUCAUAGAAACUACGAGAAAUCCUAGGAAGACAAACUGGGAGCUUUAUACUUCAAAACUUUCUACGGGAAUUCUACGGGACAGUUUCAAUAACAUCCCAAAUUCUUGUUAUGGGCUUGAAAAUAGCGCUACAACACUUUCAAGCCUGAUUCAACAGGCAUUCCAUAGCAGUUGUGCUCCUAAGGAACGCUCUUCAAAUAGAGAUGUGCCUUGGUGGAAUAACAACCUGCAAAAACUACGAAAGAAAACCCGGAAACUAUUUAACCGGGCUAAAAGAACACAACAGUGGGAACAAUACAAAGAGUUCCUCACAAUUUAUAACAGAGAAAUCUGAAGGUCAAAGAGGAUAAAUUGGAGGCACACAUGUGAAAACAUUGAGAGUACUCCAAUUGCAGCCAGGUUGCAAAAAGUCCUCGCUAAAGACCAUUCUAUUGGCCUGGGAACUCUUAAAAAAGAGAAUGGCUCUUUUACAACGAGUACCAGUGAAAUUUUAGAAACAAUGAUGAAAACGCAUUUUCCGUGUUCUACGCUUGUUUCAACUCAAGACCAAGAUGCAUCUGUAUCGCAAACUGAUGACAAUGAAACCAGAAGAUAUAGUCAUGAAAUUCAUGAUUCAACUGGGUUAGAAAGUUUCAGGAGUGAUGCAUGCAUUAUGGCCAAUAAAAUUAUAACAGAACAAAAAGUUGAAUGGGCGAUAGAUUCCUUUGAACCCUUCAAAGCGCCUGGUAGGGAUGGAAUUUUUCCUGUACUACUGCAGAAGGGUAAAGAAACCUUAACACCCAUUUUAACUAAAUUGUUCAGAUUGAGCUUAUCGUUAUGCUACAUCCCUAAAGCUUGGCGAGAAGUGCGUGUCACUUUUAUACCAAAGCCAAGUAAGAAGGAUAAAUCAUCACCAAAAUCCUUCAGACCCAUAAGUUUAUCGUCCGUUAUGUUAAAAAUAAUGGAAAAAUUACUAGACGAGCAUAUUAAAUCGUCAUACUUAACAAAAAGCCCUUUAAGCAACAUCAAGAGGGCAAAUCUUCGGUAACUGCACUUCAUAAGUUGAUUACAAACUGGAAAGAUCUUUUGAAGCAAAAGAGAUUUCACUUGCAGCGUUCCUUGACAUUGAAGGAGCGUUCGAUAACACAUCCUACAGUUCAAUAAGGAAUGCUAUGUCAAAACGUGGUUUUGACGGGUGUAUUGUUAAUUGGAUUGGAAAAAUGUUAUCAGAAAGAGAGAUAUCAUCAAACCUUGGCAGCUCAUUUAUUAGCGUUAGAGCAGUGAAAGGGUGCCCACAAGGAGGCGUGCUAUCACCUUUAUUGUGGUCCUUGGUAGUUGAUGAUCUUCUCAAACAAUUGGAAGCACAGGGCUUUGAAAUAAUUGGCUUCGCUGAUGACAUAGUCAUAGUAGUCCGUGGUAAAUAUGACCAUAUUUUCAGUAACAGAAUGCAAACUGCCUUAAAUCUGGUCACUUCAUGGUGCGAUAAGGAAGGCUUAAAUGUCAAUCCUUCUAAAACCACGGUCGUACCGUUUACACGAAAGAGACAAAUUUCAAUAACUAACCUAAAAUUGAAAGGAACUCUUUUGGAACUUUCAAGCACAGUCAAGUAUCUCGGAAUACAUCUUGACAGUAAGCUAAACUGGAAUUUGCAUCUUGAGCAAGUGAUUGGAAAAGCCACAAAUGCUCUAUGGAUCAGCAAAAAAACUUUUGGUAAAAAAUGGGGACUGAAGCCGAAAAUGAUCUAUUGGAUUUACACGGCAAUUGUGAGACCCAGAGUUACAUAUGCGUCACUAAUCUGGUGGCCUAAAACAAAUGAAAAGCUAGCUCAGAAGAAGCUUGAAAAACUUCAAAGACUUGCUGGUCUUUCAAUUACUGGUGCAAUGCGAAGUACGCCGACUAAAGCGCUAGACACUUUACUCUUCUUACUUCCAUUGCAUCAAUUUGUUCAAUUAGAAGCUACAAAGAGUGCUUUGAAGGUUAAAAGAACUACAAACCUCUUUGAAGGUGACCUGAGAGGCCAUCUAAGUAUUCUAAAAUCAAUUAGUAUCAACUCGUUAAUCACAAGUAAUAGUGAUUGGAUGAGCAGAAGGUACAAUUUUGAACGCACUUUUGAAGUGAUUAAUCCUGGGCGAUAUCUGUGGACAAAUGGGGGCCCAGAACUACAUCCAGGAUCAAUCGUAUUUUACACCGACGGUUCGAAACUGAACGACCAAGUUGGUGCAGGAGUAACUGGCCCCGGAAUUAACGUAUCAAUUCCCAUGGGCAAAUGGCCAACUGUUUUUCAAGCUGAAAUUCAGGCAAUUUUAGAAUGUUGUAAUAUUUGUUUACGCAGAAAUUACAGAUAUUCAAAAAUAUGCAUUAUGUCUGAUAGUCAAGCAGCUCUAAAUGCUUUGAAAUCAGCAACAUGCUCUUCCAAACUUGUUUGGGAGUGUAUCCUAUCACUCCAACAAUUAGCUUGCCGUAAUCAGGUGAAGCUGUUUUGGGUUCCAGGACACUGUGGAAUUGAUGGAAACGAACAAGCUGAUAUGUUAGCAAGACUUGGUUCGUCACACCAAUUCAUAGGACCAGAACCGUUUUGUGGUGUGUCUGGGUGUUCUCUCAGAAUGGAGUUUAAAACAUGGGAACAUGAAAAAAUAAUAUCCAACUGGGAAAAUACCACUUUUGCGAGGCAGUCAAAACGUUUCAUAAAGCCAAACUUUUCAAACACUCGCAAAAUCUUAGAGCUGUCAAAAACAGAUCUAAGUACUUUUACUGGCCUGCUAACAGGCCAUUGUCCGAGCCGUUAUCAUAUGAAGCUAAUCGGAAAGCUUCAGAAUGAUGUAUGUCGUUUUUGCGACAUUGAUACAGAAGACUCGGAACAUUUGUUAUGCCGUUGUCCGGCAAUUGCUGUUAAAAGAAUUAGGUUCUUCGACAAGGGGCUGAUAGAACCCCUUGAUGUCUGGAGAACAAAUCCCAAUACGGUUGUACAGUUUAUCCGAGCUGUGUCACCAUGUUGGGAUCAAACGCACAGUCAAGGUUUGAUUAUUGCUAACAGUAGUAAUACGUCAACUUGAUA